AAGCAAAUUUCCAGCAUUUGAGACACCUUACGACAUCUUUUCACUCUCACCAUGUGGAAGGCAUCACUCUUGACCCUGGGCUUGUUGGUGGCAUUGGUAGAAAGGGUGCGAUCCAAUGACGGCCAUCCCUCUUUCUAUGGGGUGAAACUGUGUGGAAGAGAGUUCAUACGAGCUGUCAUCUUUACCUGUGGUGGUUCUCGCUGGAGGAGAAGCAUAGGAGACUCAGCUCUUAUUGGAGAAGAGGCCUUUGACCCAUGGAACACAAAUCCCAUCCCUCAACUCACCAGUGAGCAGGAUCCUGCACAGCCCCAAGCAUGGAGAGAUCAAACAUCGGAUGUGGCAUCUGUGGCUGCAGGAUUCAGCCGCUCAGCUCGCUCCCCAAUCUCAAAUGAGGUGCUGGAGGCUUUACGGAGUGCAGAUAGGAAAGGACGGGAUGUGGUGGUUGGACUGUCCAAUGCCUGCUGCAAGUGGGGCUGUAGCAAGAGUGAAAUCAGCUCCCUGUGCUGAACCUCCUCUCUCCUUAAAUAUUUGUCUUGUCCUGUCACUAAUGCAGAGCUCUACUCUUUUCCUAUGUGAUUCCUUAAUUUCUUCACAUUUAAAACUUUUAAAAGUCCACAUCCCAUC